AUGGUGAAUAAGGGAGACAUUGAAAUGCAAGAGUUCUCUACUAUUGCCACUUCAAAUAAUAUUUCUAGAGUUGAAAACGAGUUCAUCCCCACUGUCAUGCUACCAAAGGGCGCAAUCCGAGUUGCUUUUGUUGUCGACGGUGAGAUUACCCAUCG